AUGUCUUUAAUAACUUGUGCAUCUGUUGAAAAAGAGUAUGAAAAGUUAAAUAAUGUGAAACAGGACGAUAUUCGAAAUUUAAUGGCGUGGUUGAAAGGAGCGGCGCAUUUACCUCAUGAAUAUAUUACAGAAUUGGACGUGAUAUUAGCAUAUCAUAGUUGUGCAUGCGACGCCGAUCUAACGAAACGGGUCAUUGAUGUUAAUUACACUCUUAAAACUUUGUUCCCGUUUUAUCAGAAUAGAAAAGUCGAUGCAUGUUUGGAUAUGGCUUUGCAGACGUGGUUGAUCCAUCCAUUGCCAACACUAACAAAGAAUGGUUUCAGAUCAAUAUAUUGUGAAUUGUUGGAUGCAGAUCCCAAAAAGUUUGUGUAUGCCGAUGUUAUCAAGGCAUUCCUAAUGAUAAUGGAUCUAUGGCAAUACGAAGAGGGUACAGUCCCAGGCGUGGCCCUUAUUGUAAACUUGGACAGAGUGUCGCUGGGACACAUCUCACGAGUCAACUUGACUGUGGCACAACAGUUCUUUUAUUUCUUACAAGAAGCUAUGUUCGUCAGCCUCAAAGAAUUCCAUUUCAUCAAUGCUCCAACGUUUGUAGACAAGUUACUGUCUAUGGUGAAACCAUUUAUGAAAGACGAACUACUUGAUAUAUUGAAGGUUCACCAAGCAGAUGCUAAUUCUCUAGACGAAUUUAUAGCAGUAGAAGAUUUGGUUAAAGACAAUAAAAAUGUUUAAAAGAUGAAAUGUUCAACAAACUAAAAGCGAACCACAAGUUUUUCGAAGACGAAGCAAAGAAAAGAGUUGACGAAUCAAAGAGGCCCGACGGUCCCAAAACUUUAAGUAGUUUCUUCCCAGGCAUGGAAGAAUCUUUCAAGAAACUAGAAAUAGAUUAA